AUGGUUCCCUAUAGAAAGAAGGACGUUAGAAAAGGCAUUAGGUUUACCAUCAUUGUCACAGGUCCAAGUGGAACUGGCAAGACCUCGUUUGUGAAUUCGUUGUUGGAUGAGAACAUCCUCCCGCACAGGUUUGAGCACAGCGGCGAGAAGACUGUUGGGAAGACCAUUACCUAUCGUGCAUUGGGCUCGUUGACGGCGUCUGAGCUAGAGAAAACAUUUGAUCCAUCAUUGGCUAAUCAAGAGCCGGGAAUUGCAAUCACAGAAACAUCGGUAGAAAUCAUCGAUGAAGAUGACUCUAAGAUCUUACUGACAGUUAUAGACACCCCUGGUUUCGGCGACAACAUCGAUAACUCCAUCUGUGUAUCUGAGAUCUGCAACUUUUUGGAACAACAGUUUGACUAUGUACUUGCCGAGGAGACCAAGGUCAGGAGAAACCCUAGGUUUGAGGACACUCGAGUUCAUGCAUGUCUCUAUUUCAUCGAGCCAACGGGCCAUGGACUGAGAGAGUUGGAUGUUGAGUCAAUGACGAGACUCUCCAAAUACUGUAAUAUAAUCCCCAUCAUUUCACGUGCCGAUUCCUUCACAGAGAAUGAGUUGGCCAAUUUCAAGAGGAAUGUAUUGCAAGACAUCGAACGUUUCAAGAUCCCCGUGUUUCAAUACCAGGUGGAUGAGUCCGAGACGGAUCCUGAUAUUAUUGAGGAGUCAAGGUAUUUGACUUCAUUACAACCUUUUGCAAUUGUUACCUCGGAUACGGAAAUGGUUGUCGAUACUAAGAAAACUCGAGUUAGAAAAUAUCCUUGGGGGGUGGUGGAUAUCAACGAUACUAGAGUAUCCGAUUUCCCGGUUUUGAAAAAUGUCUUGCUUGGUUCGCAACUACAAGAACUGAAGGAUAUCACCCAUGAUUUCUUAUACGAAGCUUACAGAACCGAGAGAUUAUCAAAUGUGAGUGAUUUAAAGAACGAAUUCUCGGAUUCAAUGAGAGACUUGAAGAUCAAUUCAAGUGAACCUCCUUCAAUGUCCAACUUGGCGGAAAUCACAAAAUCUGGAGGGUUACCUAAAUUUGAUAUCCCCAAAACGAGACAAUCACACCAGCACCAGCACCAGCACCAGCAACAUCCAGAACUCGUUGAAGAAGAACCUGAGAGCAUCAACGGUGAAUUGUCAAGCAAUAUUAGACGUGGAAGUUUUGAUUCAUCAAGGUCUGAGAAAUCUUCUGCAUCGACUGUUAACAGAAAAAAUACGAUAUCGGGGUCUCCUAAUAUCGAAGGUUCCCCACAAACGUCAAUGCACAGUGGCAGUCUGAUUGUUGGAGGAUCACAAGUUCAGCAGCCCCAUAUUGAUCCGAAGAAGUUACGUAAGAUUAGCGAAACUGUUCCUUAUAUGUUAAGACACGAGACUAUCCGUAGCAAACAAGCUAAAUUGGAAGAGUUGGAACGUCAAAGUGCCUUAGAAUUAAGCAGAAGAGCAGCGGAACUUGAACGCAAGGCCAAGGAAUUGAAGAUGCGUGAAACAAUGUUGCGUGAACGUUUAGCUAAGGCCAACGGCAGCGGCAGUCUCUCCUUGUCAAACACAGCCGACAGUAAAGGGGCGUCUUCUAUACGUUCCAAUGUCUCAGAAAACCGAAAGAGAGAGACUUCAUACAGCGUCCAAACUACCACUAGUGAAUACGAAGAUACCGUUGAAGAUAACGACGGAUCUGCUGCUUAG